CUAGGACGACACGUUCCGCUGUGGAUCCUCAUCAAGUUUCAAACGCCCGGGAUUAAAACCUCGGACUUGCAAUCAUACAAAGCGGGCUAUUGCUUAAACGCCAACGCCACCCUGCACGUCUACACCCAUACAUACGCGCACGGACGGACAAGAAAGGAAAUAAAAAGUUUCAGUGGCACAGUCACGAUAUGUGGCGAACAUUUUGCUUCCACACCUUAUUGUCCAGUUAUUUGUGGAGCAGGCAUUUUGCUUAAAUCCUUGGUUCCUGAAGAUGAGCAGUCAUCGUCCCCUUUCCUCACAGGCAUUCUAAAAUUUGUUUGAUCGCUCCGGAGCCGUUUCACGCCGCAUACAUACCAAGAUGGAAAUGGAUACCGCACGUUACGACUCCAUGGACGCACAGCGUUUCCACCCAUUACUGCGCACUAGCACAAGGCCUAACUCGCUCUCUAAAACCGGCACUGAAAAAUCGACAAUGGGGCAGGGCCUUUGCGUCAGAACUCGACCGUGUGGACUGUUUCCUGUACGUGCGAGCGUAGGUGGUGUAUGGCCGGACCAUGAGGUUGUAGUUGUCCCUCUUGAGGGGGGAGAUGCAUAUUCGGAGGCAUCACGUUCAUCUACACCGAGUUCUUCUGCUUCUUCUGCUUCUACUACAUACGCCACUGCGUCUUCCGUUAUGCCUGAUGUGCCUCCAUCGCACGCUCAACAAGUCGAUGUUUACGAGAGAGAUGACGUUGUGGUCACACGCACCAUCAUCCGUCCCAAUCCCAAUCCCAAUCCUACUCCCACUCCUUCUCGCAAUCCAAGUCGUAUGCCAUCUAGAGCGCAGAUGAGGAUUCCACGGAUAUUCUCACGUUCGCCAUCUCCCACCUCCUCUCCAUCUUCUUCAUUAUCCGCAUUACCACGGUCCAACCCACCUUCGCGCCCUACGAGCCCGGUGCUCCAAGUGCUCAACUGUUUCAGCACAUCCUCGACUUUUGAGAGGGAUGAGGAUGAUGUGCAUAUUGCUGAGAGUCCCAGGCCUACAUUGCAGGUUAUUGUUACGCAAACGAGGGAGAGAUACGAGAACGAUAGGGCGUUCAAGGAGAUUGUGGGGAGUGUGUAUCCGAGACCCGCUGCUGUGGGGAGCGGUGCUUGAUGCAUCGACGCUUAAUGCUUUCAAGUGGAUUUUGAUUCUUGUACCAUUGGUUUUCCCCUGCAUAUCUUAUUGCAUAUCUUAUUAAUUGCGAUCGUCAAUAUAUAUGGCUAACUUAUAUCGAUCUAACGGCUCGAUGCUAUUCUGCAGGCUUUCCUCCAUGCCAUAAUUAAUAUCUAUGCCAAUCAUAUAUUAGGGACUAAUGGCUUGAUUUUAUUCAGCAGAUGUUCUUUCACGCACUUUUAAUAUUUAUAUAUAGUAGCAUUAUGGUCCUUCAUAGCUUCUCUGAGCGGGGUAUAUAAU